GGUCAGUAUAAACGCUUAUAUACGGCUUGGAUUUAUUCGUUUAGCCAGCUAGGAAGCAGAGAAUCAUGUCCAAAAACAGUAUAGUAGUUACAUUCUUGGCGGAGUUUAUGUGCCAAUUCCGCUAAACUCCGUCUGGAUAUUUUCAUUUUCAAUUAUCCCGUUGAGUAAUUAAAAAAAGGUGAAGCUUCGGACGGUCAAAAUAAAUAAAUAGUGAGGCCUCGCUGCUCUAAAUCUCUCGACGUCAGGCUUAUCUCAUCCAUUCUUGAAGGAUCGAGUUGGGUUGGCUCACUACUAUCUUCACCGCAGUACGUCCAUCAUCAAAUUGUCAACAGAGAAUCCGGGAUCUCAAUCCUUCAAAUACAAUACCAAUCACGAACAAUAUGCCUACGAAUAAUAGCGUCAAGAAGGCGUUGUCGCUAAUCGAAGGCGAUGAUAAGUCUAAAGUUCUUGGCUUGACCGUUGGCAAGCAUACGAAUGUACAACCCGGGCAAUACAUCCCGAAAGCUGACGCACAAUCCGCUCCCGAGAUAACCUUCACUUCACUACCUUCCGACAAGACGUAUCUAGUAGUGGGAUUAGAUCUCGAUGCUCCAUUCCCUUCCUUCGGCGUAUUGGGUCCUAUUCUACACUGGAUUCAGCCAGGCUUCCAGGCUACCCCAGCCGGUGAAGGAGAGACAGUCAGUCUGAAGUCUAGCGCACCAUUCGUAGCUAAUUACAUCGGUCCUGCUCCGCCGCCUGGAAGCUCGCCGCAUCGGUACACGUUCUUCUUAUACGAGCAACCUGAAGGUUUCGAUGGGAAGAAGUACGCCCCGCCUGAUGGAAAGAAUCUCGGCAACGCCAAGCGUAUUCGCUAUGACCUGGACGCCUGGGAGAAGGAGGCUAAGCUCGGUCCCGUACUGGCUGUGAAUUAUUUCAACAGCAACUAAGUAAUAUCUAAUGGAGUGAAUUAAUUAUGAUCGAGAAUUUAGGAAGAAUCGAUAUUAUUAUCGUAUGGCGCAUGGGAUACCUUCUGCCUUUCCCCAAUUAUUAAUUUGUCUAAGCUCUUUGAGAGGUCCAACAGGAAUUUGUUUGGAUGGAUUGUUAUUAGGAUUAAUGUCGUUAUUCACCAAUACUCACAUACACAUAUUCCUCAACAAUUGAUCUUCCAAAACUCUUCUUGUCCAGUAAAAGCAAAGACCCUUCGAUUUUUUUUCUUCGGGCUGGGAACUCGAGAUUCUUGGUUGACAGGAUUUACGGGUCCCUGUUAGAGCCAUGAAAUUCCCUCCUGUGGUUUAUCGCUGUCAUUUGUUUUUGCGUCUUUUCUCCAUCUUCUAUUUAUUUCUGGAAUUUCGUUAGGCCAUGAUGCGAGUCCCCUAUCACCAACCUCCAAUAUUAGUUGCUCCCAAAUUUCAGAUUGGAGUCUUUCUUAGGCUUAUGAGCCUUCUCGCGCAUAAUACUUGAAUUUACUAAUUACUUGAUGACUUACAUACAAAUGAUCUUUAGGUAGCUAGAUGAACGGGCCGCUUCCGACAUCAUUCAUCGAGACCAUUAUCUCUAAA